GCUGUCACGUGACUCCAAAAGAUGGCGGCCUUGACAGCGGAGCAUUUCGUGGCUCUCCAGAGCCUGCUGAAGGCCUCCUCAAAAGAUGUUGUCAGACAACUGUGCCAAGAAAGCUUCUCCAGUUCAGCCCUUGAUUCAAAAAAACUCCUGGAUAAUACAUGUUCCAGCUUGUCCGUGACCCAGGAGGAGGCAGAGCAACUGCUCCAGGCUCUGCACCACUUCACUAGGCUGGUGGCCUUCCGUGACCUGUCCUCUGCUGAGGCGAUUCUGGCUCUUUUUCCAGAAAAUUUCCACCAAAACCUCAAAAACCUGCUGACAAAAAUCAUCCUGGAGCACAUAUCGACUUGGAGAACCGAAGCCCAAGCGAACCAGAUCUCACUGCCACGCCUGGUGGACCUGGACUGGAGAGUGGAUAUCAAGACCUCCUCUGACAACAUCAGCCGCAUGGCUGUCCCCACCUGCCUGCUCCAGAUGAAGAUCCAGGAGGAUCCUAGUCUGUGUGGAGAAAAACCCUCCAUCUCGGCUGUGACCAUGGAGCUGAGCAAAGAAACGCUGGACACCAUGUUAGAUGGGCUGGGUCGCAUUCGGGACCAGCUUUCUGUUGUAGCUAAUAAAUAAGGCAACCAGCUCCCGGCCUGCGAAGGUGUGAUUGUCAGCAGAGGUUGGCAUUGAGCAGACAGUGGGGGCAGGGGUUGGGGGGGGAGGGCCUGCUGCUACUCAGAAGGCACAGCGGAGGAAUGGAAGCCCACGCCCAUUGCUCCUCUCUUCUCUUCCUCCUUUUGUUUUUCCUGAGGAUGAGCAGAAGCCUCCAUCUCUGAGAAGGCCCUGUGUGGCGCUAAACUACGGCCAGCCGUGGCAGUGUGAAGGAACAUGUUUAUCAGCCGCCUGUGCUGCUGCUGUGGAGAACGGAACAGGCCUGUGCUGCUGCUGUGGCUCUCUCCUAAGGAGUUUACCUCCAGCUUAGCUCAGCUGAGCUCAUUUCCAGCCCUAGAAUACAUGGAGGGAACUAGGGGUGAUGCCAGCAGUGCCUACUCCCCCAUCAGAGAAGUCAGCAGACAGAUAACAGCAUGGCCCUCAGACCCUUCUCUGAGUUUGCAGCCCUGCUGGGCCACAGCUCCAAUUUGGAAAGCUGGAACAUACUAUUUGCCACUAUUCCUGGACUAAAAUGUAGAAAGGAUUGGAAAUAAAUAACAGUGAUGAUUCUG